CGUAUGUCUUAGCUGUUUAACAGAUGACGGCGACCGAAUGGAGAGUGUAGAAAGCUUUUUGUCACAAACUUUUUAUUUACGUUCGAGGCUUCAUCGAGUGAAAAAAGGUGUUAUUGUUGCUAGAGUUUUCGUUGAUAGUUUCGUUAUAUAGUUUUCCUUAUGGAUUUCGGGAAGAAAAUGUUACUGUCGUUUGUUUGUUAGUGUCGUGAGAUAUGUCAAAGACGAGUACUGAAAAAAUAAGAAAUUUUUGGAUUUUUUGUGAACGUAAAUUGUUACAGUAUGUGUUUUAAGAAGACUAAACAAUUACAGUGUUUUACACAAAUAUGUACGAAAUUGGUUAAUACUACAUAAUUCGGCGUCUCAGUAUUAUAAUAUGUACCCUCUAAAUAAAAAUGAAACGAUUAAUAAAUCUAAAAUAUCGUGUAUAUAUGACAGUCCCUGUGAUCCAAAGGACAGUGAUUACGAAAAGUUAUUUUGCCCAAAUAACGAACUUUCGGAGCCCCCCAAAGCUCGGUGCGAUAGAUUGAAGACAGGGUCCUCCUGUCAAGCCCUUAAACAUGCAGUGGCGGCUCUACAUCCGUUGGACGAUUUUCAUAAAGAAAAAAUUGGCGAGGGUUUCUUUUCAGAGGUUUUCAAGGUGACCCAUCAGACGACGGGUCAAGUGAUGGUACUGAAAAUGAAUACCCGUCAUUCGAAUCGGCGCAAUAUGCUCAAAGAAAUCCAAUUAAUGAAUCGUCUAUCGCACCAAAACAUUCUAAGACUUAAGGGAGUGUGCGUCCACAAGGCGCAAUUGCACGCCCUCACCGAAUACAUCGAUGGCGGUUCUUUACACCAACUCAUCCAUAAUAGAUCCGUGGAAAUCGAACAACAGACCAGAAUUGAAAUAGCCAGAGAUAUAGCUAGCGGAAUGGAAUAUUUACAUUCGAAAGGUGUCAUACAUAGGGACUUGACCAGUAAGAACGUCCUCAUAAAACAUCUGGAUUCCGGCAAAUUGAGAGCGGUAGUCGGCGAUUUCGGCCUUUCCACCGACAUCCCCGAUCCCAAAGAGAAAACCAAACUCCCGAUAGUGGGUUCGCCCUAUUGGAUAUCGCCCGAAGGUCUAAAAGGGAAAUACUACGAUGAACGCAGCGACGUAUUCAGCUACGGUAUCGUCUUGUGUGAACUUAUCGCCCGCGUCGAAGCCGAUCCCGAUUAUCUACCCAGAACCGAUAAUUUCGGUUUGGACUAUCUCGCCUUCUCGGAUUUGUGCGGACCAAACGUUGUACCUGAAUUUCUAACGCUAGCUUUCAGAUGUUGCUCCGUCGAUCCGAAAAGCCGUCCCACGUUCAAGGAAAACUUCCAAGCCCUCGCCGAUUUAUUGAACGACAUGAAGUUGGCCGAAGAUAAGCGAUUGCGGAUGGCGAAUUGCGCCGCCAAAAGCGAAGAACAACUUACCGUGGUAGCGAACGCCGCGGCGAACGCGUGCGCGCCCCAACAUCGAAAAAUCGUCCAUCGACGGUCCUUCUCCGAGGACACCUCAUUAUUAUCAUUGUCGUUUUCGACGCCCAGCGAUAAAGCUCGUCGUCACGCGUUGCUAAUGUGCCGACAGGAUCCUCAUUACAAGCCGAGCACGACGAACCCGUUCGCCGGGCUCGCGCAAUUCCAAGGCGUCAAAAAACUCUUGGGCAAUUUUUCAUCGUGUUGCGAAAUGGCCUGUCCGUUAACCGAAUCGAAAGAUAGUCCGAAAUCGUUGCCGGGUUCGCCGACGUCGUCCCGUAAAGCCCAAACUAUACGUUCGCCUUUAUUCGUCCAUCCGAUGUACAAAGGCGGUUCCGGUUCCAAUUUGUCCGAAUUGACGGCCGAAACGUCGGCGGGUUUGUUGAGGCGGAGGGGAUCUUGCGAAUCGGGUUUCUAUUCGAGUGUCGGGGAGUGUUUAUCGCCGAAUAGUAUGUGGGGUGAUAGUACGGCGGUUAGUUCGAUUAGAUCGUUGGACGAAUUAGAACACGCCGAAUUACAGGCGCUCUGUAAACGCGCCUCGUCUAUAUACACCGAUAGCAGCGAGGAUAUUUCUAGUUUGACGAGUUGCGAUUGGCAGAACGAUUUGAAACCGAAUAUAUCGUCGAUUGUUGAAUAUUUCGAACGUAAAGGUACCAGUUUACGUCAUCCGGGCGGUUCGCAAUUGAGUUCCAGGAUAGCCAGUCUGAGGAGGUCUUUGGAGAGACAUAAUACCGGAUCUACGUGUACGGCUAGUACACAUUUGGCGUUGCAGCGGCCUAAAUGUUCCAGAUUAGUUAUUUGCGAGGGGGCGGUUAGAUCUAAGUUGCCUUUGUUCGAUAAAAAUCAAAUGGUAUCUAAAGUUCGAAGGCCUAAGUGGUGAUAAAUUUUUGGAAAAAAGAUUUAUAUUUUUACCGAAUGUUGUACAUAAUCUAUUUCGGUGGAAUUGCUCUUAAUUUAUGAUUCUCCUUCUUUUUUUUUUUUUAAUAAACAUACGACUAAAUCUAUGGUUAAAAUAAUUUCUGUAUAACCGAAUAAAUAUUCAUCGUAAAAAUAUUAUAAUACUCACUUUCGAUCGCCACAUUACCCCAAACUAAUAUAAAAUAUGAAAAAUCUACUUUGAAUUUUAAUUUAUUAAACGAAUUUAUUCAUUUUUACAAUUUUUGAUUAUAAUCAAUAAGGAUCUUGAUCAAUUAUUUCUUGGUUACACAAUAUAUUUAACUAUUUCCUUGUUAAAAAAAAUAAUUUAACUAUUUCACACAAUUUUGACAAAUGUUUCAUCAAAUUAUAUUUUCAUUGAUAUUAUAAUUUAUAUUUCUUGAAAACUAUCAAAAACAAAAGUUAUUUACAUAAGUUUCUGGUUAUUAUUUCGCCAUUGGAGUCACUCAAUAUAUUCCACACAAAAAAAUUUAUUUAUUGAGGUUAUUUUCCCUAACUUACUUCAGUAAGUUCAACUAGAUCAAAUUCUACACUAUAUUAACUAAUCAAUUCGAUACUACAAUAUGUUUUAGUUGAGUUUUUUAGAGAUUAUAUUAUUAUUUUCCUCAACAGUAUCAACUCUUCACUAUAUUAGCUCCAGUUGAACUUUUUGAAGGUUAUUACCCCUUAUUCACCUUAAUAAUAUCAAUUCUAAACUUUAAUAGAUUCAAUCAUCGAUCGGCUUUACACUUGACAAGCUUUAUUUAUUAAUCUAGUGGAAUUUUUAAGAUUAUUACCCCUUAUUUACCUCAAUAAAGUCAACACCUCCCUAUAUUAGAUCAAUUAUCCAUUUAGUUGAACUUUUUUAAGGCCAUUACCCCUUAUUGACCUCAAUAAAGUGAACUCUUCUGUAUAUUAGCUCCAAUUAUCAAACUAGUUGAAUUUUCUGAAGGUUAUUACCUUAAAACCAAAAAGUUUAUUACCCCUUUUGUUUCACAAACUAAGAAGUGGUACAUGUGUUGUAAUGUAAUGUGGUGAUCAAAGCGAUAAUAUUAUAAGUUAUUAUAUGACUUAAGACCCUCCUCAAGAACCCAAAUCAGAUACUUUUUUAAAUAGGUUUUUGUUUAUUGUGAAAUUUAUCUAUCGUAGUUUUCAAAUUCUAUUUCAUUUCACAAACUAUCUUUGAAAAUAUUCACCCUUAACUGAAAGUUGUUAAAGUUCAUUUAUCUUUUAAUAAAAUCAAAAUUUUCAACUAUAGUUUCACUUUUUUCUGUCCUAAUUUUGAGUCGUACUUCAUAUUUAGGAGCAAUUUAAAAUUGGACUAAAAUAGUCUCAGUUAUUAUGGAUUUUAUCUUCAUGGGAUUGAUUUUUGUAAAACAGAAUUAUUCGAAUGAGUAAAUAGCCGGGUAGCUUUCUAACACUCAUAUUUUUAAUCAAUUGCAAGUGUGACGGAAUGGUAUAACUUUUUAAAAGAGCCUGUAUACCAGUUAAUGAAAUUUUGACUUAAGCAAUACUAAAAAUAUAGGAAAUAUUAAAGACUGACUUCUUUGAAGUUAAUGAGGUUGUUGUUUGUUGAAAAUAAUAUAGAAAAUAUUCAAAAAAAUAUAAUUUUAUUAAAUUCAUAGGUUAAAGACUCCAGCAGCUAUGAAAGUCAUUCCCGUAAGUCGUUUUAUGAAACUUUCCAAGGAGAGACUUUUUUUGGCUCCUUACAAUUAAUGGAUUUGAUUUUUAAAAUUUUUGGUAAUUGUUUAGAACUCACCAAUACUCGGUUGUGUACUUUUUUAAAAAAAACUUUUAUUUACGAAGAAAAUAAUACAAAUUUUAGUUCUGUUUUAUAAUUUCGUUGCCUCACUUUUACUUUCUUGGUUAGGUCACGUUUCUUCUUUUUUUUCUUCGAAUUCAAACAUCUAUCUUGUAGUUCGCCAUAGAAAAAUAAAAAACAGAAGAAUCAAUAUUAUUUUUGUGAUCUUAGAACUGAAAUUUAGGGAAAAAUAUUUAAACUGAUUAACAUCACUGAAACAGUUGGUAACCAUUAAUUGUAAGUAUUGAAUAAUUAAAUUUAAUGAAAAGUAUGUCAAAAGUUCUUGCAAUAACGAAAAUGGUAAGUAAAAUUUUGCCUUUCACCCUUUUACUUCAUAAUACGGGGGGUGCAUCAAAAGUAUGGUACAAUAGAACUAUAAGAAACACUGCUUGUUAUAACUAAAUACUUUUGAUACCAAUAAAAUAUUCUAUUAUACGUCCCACAAGAAUAUGUUGAAUAAAAGUCUUUUUCUUCUGCACUUUUAUCAUACUGUGUAUUCAAAAUUAAAAUUUGACAGGGGAUAACCCAGAUUUAGGGUCAAAACAAGAGUUACAUAAAAAUAUAUGGUCGGAUUUGUAUCUCUGGAGUCUUUAAUCGAUAUUUUGCAGGUGGAACGUAUUUGGUUAAAUUUAGAGCAGUUUUUGAAUCGUAAAAUGAAAUUUAUUAAUAAAAAUUUCAAAUUUGAACGAAUACUUUUUAUAAAAUUGUUGAUUACAAACAAAUGCUCUCAAUUACCAGAUUUACUUCACUUUACAAUUUUAGUUUUAUUUAUAAAUAUAUAUACAGGAUGAUGACAAUAAAUCUUCCUGUGUCGAUUUACUUGUAUAAACUUGUACAUUGAAGUAUUAAAAAAAUUAUAUAUUUAUUAUUGGUUCUAGUAUUAUAUGCAAGGAAAGUAAUAAAAUGAUACUUUAGUAAUAUUGAAUUGUGUAUUAUGUUGAUUCAAAUGCUAACAGGGUGUAUCAAACUCGACUUUGUGCACAAAAUUUCUCAUUUUUUUAAAACUCCCAAAUGUCAGUAGGUCUGUGAAUCGCACUGAUUAACAUUUCUGUUAUUUAGUGACACCUACAAGAGAUUCAAUAAUUCUCUUCUGCUGCUGUUAUUAGUUGUUUUGUGGUUUACUCUUGAAAUACUCUCUGUAUUAUAUGACCUUAAGCAGCAAUGUAAAGUGCCGAUAUGAUCAAAAAAUUGUAAUAAUAGACAAUUUUUACCCCUAAGAAAUGCCUUAUACCCAUUUCAAAGCUCUACUUAUGACAAAGUAUUUAAUUUUCUCCUCUGUUGGUCAAAACUGCAGGAAAUAGGAAAAACGCUAAGUUAUUUCGCUCAGCACGCAAUGAACAAUUCACAACUCAUCAAUUUAAAAAUAAACAACUAGCCAAUGUUUGCCAAAGCAACAAGUAUUAGAAGGAGAUUGUAUGCCAUCCAGCAAAGAUGGCCGAACCGUCAAUGACGUCAUUCUGGAUUGGUCUAUUAGUAUUUGGUGUUCAAUUAUCGAGUACCUUUUAUUUCGGAUAACAAAUACAUAAUUUGUGGAUGUGUUCCAAAAUUUGACACUUGACAUAAUCAAAGUGUGUUCCAAUUAAUUCUCGUGUGUCAAAUUAAUCAUAAUGACAUUGACGUACGUCAAACUUGAAAUUAAUUAGUAAUCGUACGUAAAUUUUUCUAACUCAUUUAGUACUGUUAAUAUUUCAGUUAUUAAAAAUUCAUGAUAAAAAUAUUUAUUUUGCUCGAAUUAUAAGAAAUAUGUUUUGAUUGGUUUUAUUUACUGUUUUGAAGUUAUCAAUAAAUGUGAGUGUGUUUAAGAAGACUUUGGAAUAUGUACGAUGAGAUUGAACAAACUCGUUACUAUUUCUAAGUAGUUAAAUUGAAUCUAAAGAAGGUAUAAUGGUUAUUUCAGCAAAAUAACUGAAUUGAGUUAUACCGGGGAGGUUAAAAAGGUAAGGUUAAAGCUGACUGUAUUUUCACUUAUAAUUUCGAUGAAAAGUUUUCGUUUCUGCUUAAAGUUGUGAUUUUUAUGAAAAUUUUCAUUUAUAUAAUGUCACUAUUAUUGAAAAUAUGAAUGAUAAUUAAGAUGACUGCUGGUUAUAGAUUAUAACUACUAUGAUUUUAAUUACCUUCUUUUGAUUUAAAUAACAAGUAUGACUAACACUUAAUGAAAAAAUUGGGGUUUGAAAGAUAUCGUGUAAGUCGUGUCAAUAUUUGUGUAAAAUUUACAAAAAUUUCUACUAUUCAGUGAAACCACGAUUCAGGACCAAAGUUCCUAAAGUGGUCCAGGGGUCCACGGUACACUCGACGGGGGUUUAAGUUGAGCAUGGCAAAAAAUGGGGGUCCAUGAAAAUUUAUCUUUCAAUAGUGAAGAACUAAAAUGUUGACUUUUUCAACGAUAUAGACAGAUAAUAUUUAUUUAAAGAAGCUCAGCGACUUGCAUAUUCCAUAUACUAUAUUUCUUUUUACCACUCCGAAUGGCAAGUCUUCUAAAUAAAAUUUGAUUGGAUCUUUUGCUACGAGUCAUUGUAGAUUUCUAAAAAGUAAAAUUGGAUGGCAUCCAACUCUACUUAACACAAUCAAUUGAAAAUUUGUUUAGUUGAUUUUAUUAUAAAACAAUUAACCCUAUAAAGCAAUCAAUUCUAACCUUUUUUUUUUCGAAAACUGUUAAUUCGUUGUUGAAACUCAGUUUCAGUAGUUAGAUCUAAUCUUCUGGAUCCAGCAAAAUUUUGAAAGUUUGGAAACCAAUGAUUUAAAUAAUAUGAAUAGAUUCACCAAGUCCAUACUUUUCAUUUUUACGUGAUAUGUCCAAUGAUAUGUUACUUUUUAUCAAACUUUUAAAAAGAACAUUGUUCUCAACUGUAUUUAGUUUUUCAAUUUGACGUAUGUAGAUUUUGUAACAAAAAGGAUUUUAAAAAGAUAUUUACAUUAUAACUGACAGUAGGACAGCAAUUUUUAUUGAUUCAAUCUUAUACUUAUACCAAACUCAGUACUUAUCAUUAUCUUUUCUGCUAUUUAGUUUAAGAUAUUUUAACUAAUAUUGGUCAUAAUAAAAUAACUUCCAAAUCAACACCAGUAAUGAAAAAUUUCAACUUUUGGGCAAUAGAAAUGGGUCUUAACUAAAAAAGGUUGUUUAACAAUACAGUUGCAAUGUGAUUCAUAGUAUGUCUUAUUACAAGCAUUUGCAUAUUUUGUAAUUGCAUUUGAUGCUUUUAUGCUGCUAUUCUAGGGAUAAAUUUAGUUACCUUCAGUUCAAUAACCAACCGAAUGUCUCUCAGAUUAGCAGAUUGGUUUGAACACUUUGUGAAACUAACAUUUUUCUUUUCUCUGGUGUAACUAACCUCUUUGAUGAUUAUUGGAGCUGAAAUUUCUUUGCAAAUUUUUGUUUUUUCUUUCUACUAUGACCAAAUGUAUGAAUUACUCCCUGGAAAGUAAGCACCCGAAGACAAAACGGUUACUUUUUGGCUUCAUAUGUUUUUUCAUACAUUUCCAUCUACACUGAUGGCUUUUUUUGAUUGUCUAUAUUAAAAUCAGUAUUUAGAAUUUAUAUUCCAAAGUCAUAUUAUGAAAUCUUUGUUUUUCAUAACUAUAUUUUUAUUAUGUUACAUAAAGGGGGUUGUAUAUUGAAAGUAUUGACCCCUGAUAAAUUCAAACAAAUAUUUAGUAUAAAAAAAUUGCUUUUUAUAUAAUCCUUUUUGUUACUAAACUUUUAUAUAUGUGACUGAAAAAUAAAAUCAGUAAAAAUGAUGCAAUCUACGGGGGUAUGUUUGUAAUCUUCCAUAAUGUCUUGUCAACAUAAGUAUAAAUUUAUCUAGAAAUAAAAAGUGAUUUUUGAUUA